ACAGGGGCACGCCGCAGUUCCCCGAGAGGACCGUCACGCUCGAGCACCAGCCCGAAGCGACUUGCUGGGGAGUUGCUUCCAGAAUAAAGGAGAAAGAUAAGGAGGUAGCUAUGCAGCUGAAGAAGAUGCACCAAGAAAAGCAGCUGGACACACUUGUCGACAAGGGCCUAGGGAGCAAAUAUGACCGCAUUAAGCUAGAGGAGAUGGUGCAAGUGGGGCUUCUAUGUACCCAGUUCUUCCCUGGUCACAGGACCAAGAUGUCAGAAGUGGUCAGGAUGCUGGAGGGCGAUGGGCUUGCAAAGCGGUGGGAGGCAUCACAACACACAAAAGAGUCACACAAAUUCAAGGUGCCCAAUUUUUCCUUCAGUCGCUGCCACUCUGAGUCUCUGACCUGAUGGGCGAUUCGUCACUGCUGUUGCAAGCAGUGGAGCUUUCUGGACCGAGAUGCGGCCUGAACAUGUUCGCACAUUAUGUGGCACACACUUUCUUUUUACUACUACUUUCAGGAUGAGCAUGUAGGAAUAUUUGACCUUUUUGGAAGCUUUUAGAGUUGGGUCAAAAUGAUGUGUGUAUUCUUUCUUUCUUUUAAUUGCCAUCUGCUCUCCCUUUUUGUUACCAUAUCCAUACAUGCUUGUUUGUGUCAUGUUUUUUAUGGUCACAGGGAUAUGUUUAUUGUGGAUAGU